CGCUGCUCCUGCGUUCAACUCUCCACCCUGAACGUUUCCCUCUAGCGCUCGCAGCUUGUAUCUCACCACCAGAGCCUCGUCAUGGCGGCACAGACCCGGGCGCUGGUGUCAGCUCAGUGGCUGGCGGAUGCUGUCAGAAAUAGUCUCGUCGGGCCAAAGCUUCGCAUUCUUGACACUUCGUGGUACCUGCCGAAAACCAAACGGGACCCGAGAGCUGAGUUCAUGCAGAAGCACAUACCGGGCUCCUCGUUUUUUGACAUAGACGAGUGCUGUGACAAAAACUCUGCCUUGGACCACAUGCUGCCAACUCCCAGCCAGUUCUCACAGUAUGUAGGAGACCUGGGCAUCGGGAACGACACGCAUGUAAUUGUUUACGACACCAACGACUUCGGGUCGUUCAGCUCGCCCCGGGUGUGGUGGAUGUUCCGGCUGUUCGGACACAGUUCGGUGUCUGUGCUGGACGGUGGCAUGAAGAACUGGCUUGCUAACGAGUAUCCGGUAACAUCUGAGUACUCGAAGCCGGAGUAUCGACAGUUCAAGGCGACCGUGAAUGAGUCGUGGGUCAAGAGCUACGAAGACGUGCUGGAGAACAUCAGGACCAAGCAGGUCCAGACUGUGGACGCCAGGUCUGCAGGACGCUUCAGGGGGACAGAGCCGGAACCCAGAGACGACACGCUGCCGGGACAUUACCCCGGUGCCAUCAACAUGCCAUUCACUUCUUUCAUGGAUGCCUCUGGAAAGGAACUGGGACCUGAGGCCCUGUCCAAGCUAUUCAGAGAGGCAGGGGUCGACCUGGAGAAACCAAUCUGGGCUACCUGUGGGUCUGGUGUGACUGCAUGUCAUGUUGUUCUGGCUGCUCAUCUGCUUGGGCACCCUGGGGUGUGUGUUUAUGAUGGCUCCUGGUCUGAGUGGUUUAAAAGGGCAUCUCCAGAUCAUAUCAUCUCAGAGGGAGAGGGAAUGAAAGAGGAAAGGCAGUGAACUGCUAAAAGCAAAGGUGUCGUGACAUUUUACAAGGACAAGUCGUGUGUUUAUUAAAAAACUUAAUUUCUAACUUAGAAGUUGCAAGUUUCAGCAGAAAACUUUAAUGGAAAUCUUCUCUAUACUAUGCAAUGUCUAACUUUCCACUAUGGGAAAGUUGCAUAUUUUUGAAAAGUUUACUUUGUCCUGAAAUAACUUGUUUGCUUUUGUUUGUUUCCUGAUAUCACUAUCAUAUAUCGGAGUGUUUAAAAGGUACUAUUAUGGGAUUAGCGUUAAGUAUUAAGACAGGGUUGUUUAGAAGAAAUGCACUUUCUUGAUAGGAGGUCAUAUGGAUAUAUUUCAUUAAUGUUACAGUAUACAGAGACUUAUUAUCCUAAUUUUUUUCUUAUGCUACAUAGAGGUAGGGUGUCACAUCUUUUCCUUUAAAAUGGCUAACUCAUGACAUGGAAGGAAAAUUUCUUUAGUCAAUAACCUGAAAUGUAAAUGUUUACCUUUUCUAGCAGGCCAUGGAAGUCAGAAGGGCAGAAUACUGCAAACAGAAAAAGUAUUGAUCAACCAAGUCUCCCUCAUAAUCCAUGGGAUUUUAUAUUGUAUAUCUUUAUUUCAGACUCAAGGUCCAUAGGCAAGGCGAACACAACAACAGACACACAACACAUAUAAUAAAAGGGAAUAAAGCUAAAAAAAAAAGGAAGCCAUUUUAGUGUACUUCUUUCAGUCUUAUGCUGAUUUUGAUCGAAGUAAAAAUGUUUUGGAUGUUGUAUUUUCACUUCAUAACAUUUUUGUUAGUUUCAAAGUUACGUGCUGAAAAAAAAUACUACUCAGUGUUAAAACUGUGGCAGACAAUAGACCUACAAAAAGGCUGCAGCUUUACCGAGAAUCAAAAAAAAAAAAAAAAAAAAAAAGUGAUGCUGACGCAGAGGAAAUCAAAACCAGUUCAGUCCGGUUCCUGUGCUUGAUUUGGGGUGUCUGGCAAGAUGCCCGAUUUUCAAACCAAAGUUUAUGUAUUUUGGCUUUUGCUAUGCCACGUUGGUACUAUGUGCAAUAUUUACCUCUUUAGCUCAUAUGGGGCUGGAAAUGGCAAGUAUGUGAAAAACUGUUUCGAAAAAAGCAAGUUAUUAGAUAUCCUAACCACUGUUUAUGAUGUCAGCUGUUGCUAUGUUCCACUGAGGUAAAAAGAAACUUGUUAGAGAACAGAACUAAAGAUCCUUGCCGCUGGUAAAAAGAGAACAAACUACUCAUUUUAAACAGUUCUGUUUUUUCCUGUGGACUUUUAGUGUACUGUACCUGCUUAAAAUAAAUCAAAUAUCCCA